CCUGUUUGGUGCCGGCAUGCGACGAAUUGUCAUCAUGGAGGGGCAAUCAGGCCUCUGUUGGAACUCCGUCUGGUGGUUGUGUGUCGCGUCGCGCUGUUACAUCGAGAUUCGAUAAGUGUAUUACGCCUACUAAACUGGGAUCCGCCUCCGAUGCUGCCCGAGGAAGACUAAUCUAGAUCGCGCAUGUGUAGACCUGUCGCAUAGAUCGCCAGGGACUUGUUGAUAUACAGGAGCAGUCGACCCUGCGUUCACGUCACGUUCGCCGAUCUCUCACAAUUCACACCAACAUGACCGCGACAUUUGAUACCUCCCCACUAUCACGCACAUCGUCCCCGCCAGCAUCACUGAAGAGAAAACGAGCGGGUUCUGAUACACAACCGCUUACCCCGCCUCUGGCCGCAAGCGACUCUGAAGGAUCGCGUCUGCUCUCGCGCGCCGUCAACGUCCUCUCAACCGCUGCCACUGCGCUCUCGCAGGUAACUUUCCUGUACGAGUCCGACCAUGUGGCGCGCGAUGGCCUCCUACAGGCCGUCGAAGCCAUAACAAAAAUCAAUCAGACAGGCGGCAAGCUCAUAAUAUGCGGAGUGGGCAAAAGCGGACUGGUGGGGCGCAAGAUGGUCGCAACGAUGAAGAGCUUGGGUAUAGCGAGCUCCUUCAUGCACGCUGCUGAGGCAUUGCAUGGGGAUCUCGGAGACAUCAGGAAGAACGACGCAAUCAUGUUCAUAUCCUACUCCGGCAAGACAGCAGAGCUCAUGGCCCUCCUCGAACACAUACCCUCCCACACACCCAUCCUCGCCAUCACAUCGCAUACGAAACCCUCAGAUUGUCCGCUCCUCGACGACCGGCCAAACUCCAUACUGCUGCCUGCGCCCAUACAUGAGUUGGAGGAAGUGUCGUUUGGCGUCUGCGCGCCGACUACCAGCACCACUGUCACCAUUGCGGUGGGAGACAUGCUGGCGUUGACGGUCGCGGAGGCACUACAUCAAGAUGAGACGAAGGCUGUGUUUAGGACGAACCACCCUGGCGGUGCGAUCGGAGCGAAGUCGAGACGGAUAGAGAAGGAGGAUGAUACCCAGGUGGAAGCGAAGGAGUGCGAUGGGCUGGUUACGCCGCCGGCUACCUGACCGUGUUCAGGAAGAUACCAUAGGUGCAAUAGG